CAGCCAUGGCUUCCGCGGAGUCGCGGCGGAUGGGGAAUGGCGGCAGUGUCGGGGGCGCCUUCCAACCGUACUUAGACUCCUUGCGGCAGGAGCUACAGCAGAGGGACCCGACGCUGCUGUCAAUCGUGGUGGCGCUUCUCGCAGUGCUGCUGACGCUGGUGUUCUGGAAGUUCAUCCGCAGCAGAAGGAGCAGUCAAAGAGCUGUUCUUCUUGUUGGCCUGUGUGACUCUGGGAAAACAUUGCUCUUUGUCAGAUUGUUAACUGGCCUUUAUAGAGACACUCAGACAUCGAUCACUGACAGCUCUGCUCUGUACAGAGUCAACAAUACCAGGGGUGCUAGCCUGACCUUGAUUGAUCUCCCUGGCCAUGAGAGCUUGAGACUUCAAUUCUUAGAGCGUUUUAAGGCUUCAGCCAGGGCUGUUGUGUUUGUUGUGGAUAGUGCAGCCUUCCAACGAGAGGUGAAAGAUGUGGCAGAGUUUCUCUAUCAAGUUCUCAUUGACAGUAUGAGUUUGAAGAACACACCGUCAUUCUUAAUCGCCUGCAAUAAGCAAGACAUUACAAUGGCAAAAUCUGCAAAAUUAAUUCAGCAGCAGCUUGAGAAAGAACUCAACACUUUACGAGUCACCCGUUCUGCUGCCCCCAGCACACUGGACAGUUCCAGCACUGCCCCUGUUCAGCUGGGAAAGAAAGGCAAAGAAUUUGAGUUCUCACAGUUGCCCCUCAAAGUGGAGUUCCUGGAGUGCAGUGCCAAGGGCGGAAGAGGGGACGCUGGCUCUGCUGACAUCCGGGACCUGGAGAAAUGGCUGGCUAAAAUCGCCUGAGGGGCAGAGCUAAAGUGCAGGACAGUUGAACUUGUAUGUGUGUGGAAAAGGGUGUGGUAGCCUUGAGUUGAUAAAGAAGGGGUACAGAAUGUAAUAAGAAACAUUUUCUUGUUCUGGAAACAAAUUACUGUCGAAAGUAACUUGGAAUUUUUGUUUUUAAGUUUAGUUCUCCCUCAUUGCUUUCUUUUAUUUGUGUGCUUCCCUUUGUUAAGGUGUUGUCCCUUUAACAUAAGCUUGACGUAAGGUUAGGAGGGUAUUAUGAGAAUAUGAUUAUCAUCUGAAAAUUUCUUAUCCUCUGCCUCUGUGCUUUAGUCCCUUUUGCUGAAAACAAACCCUGUCUGUGUAUGGAACUAGUUGAUUUCCAUUUGUCCUUGGCUGGUUCACGGUCAAUACAUCAUCUGGUCCUUUGUGAAUUCUCAGAUGUGUGGGUGUAGUUACAAGGUGGUCUCCUGACAUGUGAAGACAGGUAGAAAACAGCAAGGCUGUGUUGACAGCAGGUCUGUUUUUCAUCAGCUUGGUGACUUGUCCACACUCCAGCCUCAUAACACUUAGGUUUCAAAAACAUGCCCUGAACCCUUGGAGUCAUUCCCAGAUGACAGAACGGUAAAUGCUAAAUCCCCAAUGCCAAGGGCCUCGUGUGUUCUGGUGGUUUCACUUAAUUGAGGAGUCUGUGGAGAUUUAGAAACUGUUGUGGUUUUCUGGAUGGCCAAGGGCUCCUGGAUGUGUUCGUGUGCUGUUUGGCCCCUGUUUUGUACUCCUAGCUAGAAUGCAGUGGAACACAUAGGAAUGAUAAAAGUUCUCCAUAGUUUUAACCAGCAGUGAAUAUACACUUUAAAAAAGAAAAGUCAGCCUCAAAGUGAUGCUCUUGGUUGUCUUCU